AGCCGCUUCCCUCCGCCUGCUUCUUACCUCGCCAUGGUUCUUCUCCCUCGGCAGAGUCUCCUCGUGGGCUUCUUGUUGACCGCCGCUCUGAGGAAGUGCUUUCCAUGAAUUCUCCGUCUGUUUUCCUUCAACUCCCCAUUAUACAGAUGAGCACACUGAAGCCCAGAGAGAGGACAUGUCCUGCCAAAAUUCUCAUGGCUAGGUGGAACUUGGGUAUAAAUGUCCACCUGCCUGGUUCCUGAGCCUACCUCUCAGAUGGUCCACCCAGAACCACCCAAUGUAUGCAGAGAAAACCAAUACCUAGUAAACAGCCAGUGCUGUAAUAUGUGCCCGCCAGGAGACAAACUGGUCCAGGAUUGCACAGACACCAUGCUCCCAGUAUGUCAUCCUUGUGGAAGAGGCGAAUUCCUGGAGACCCCGAACAACGAGAGAUACUGUCAUCCACACAAAUACUGCGACCCCAACCUAGGACUCCAGGUGCAGACGGAGGGCACCACGAAAACAGACACGGUUUGCAUGUGUCAUGAAGGCCAACACUGUGUCAAUGACAACUGCGACAGCUGCGCCCCGCACAGCCCCUGUCCUCCUGGCUUUGGGGUCAAGCAGAUCGCUACACAAGUCUCUGAUACCAUCUGCGAACCCUGCCCAGUUGGUUUUUUCUCCAAUGUGUCAUCUGCUUUUGAGAAAUGUCAUCCUUGGGCAAGUUGUGAGAUCAAAGGCCUGGUGGAGCGGCGAGCAGGGACUAACAAGACCGAUGUCCUCUGUGAUUCCCAGGACCGGAUGAGAGCCCUGGUGGUGGUGCCCGUCCUCAUGGCGGUCCUGCUAACUGUCCUGUUGGUGUACGCCUGCAUCAAAAAGGUGGCCGAGGAGGCAAACACCAAGGCCUUCCAUCCUAAGGGCAAAGGGCAAGAUCCUGUGGAGAUGGAUGAUUUUCCUGGCCUCCUCCCCAACCAUCCGGUGCAGGAGACCUUACACGGGUGCCAGCCGGUCACGCAGGAGGAUGGCAAAGAGAGCCGCAUCUCGGUGCAGGAGAGACUGUGAGGCCGUGUGUGCGCAGGAGCGUGGCAGCCUGGACAAACACGCGUGUAGCCGGGGAGCCUGGAGCUGCAGCUGCGAUGAUGUGAGGGCCCCUCUGCCCGCGCCGCUGUGGCUCAGAAACAUUCACUUUGGGACAGGAACCUCCCACUCCAGCCUGGAGCCUAUUCCAUCUCCCAGCUUGCUUUGAAAGAUGGAAACAAAACUUUUUUUCGGGGGGGGGGAGUGGCCAAAUAGUGAUCCCAUCAAACCCUCCAAGCCAGCAGUUCAGUGCCCAUGUGGUUCCUCCAAGCCCAAGGGACAUCUACAUGCAUAUCAUUACAGUGCUGUUUGUGACAGCGAACAAAUGGAAGCCACUUAGCUGUUCAUCAGCAGGGGACUGGUUAAAUAAAACUGUAAUAUAUUUAUGCGA